AUGUCAUCUUCAACUGGUGUUGCACUUUCAUCAGUUUCAAAAAAUUUAAGAAAAGUUUUUCUUUCCCAGAAGACAAGAAAAAUGGAUUGGAGAUUUUCACAAUUAAAAGCAUUAAAGAAAUUAAUUUCAGAAAAUAAAGAAGAUAUUACCGCUGCUGUUAAAAAAGAUCUUGGUAAACACGAAUUUGAAAUUCAUCAAACUGAAAUCGUAAUGGUACAAGCUGAAUGCGAAGAAACCAUUAGCCAUUUAGAGUCAUGGAAUAAAACAGAAAAAGUCUAUUCACCAAUUCAUUUCAAACCAGGUUCAUCAUACAUCUUAAAAGAACCAUUAGGUGUUGUUUUAAUUAUGUCACCAUGGAAUUAUCCAGUUAAUUUAGCAUUGGUACCAUUAAUUGGCGCAAUCGCAGGUGGUAAUUGUGCAUUGGUUAAAUUAUCAAGACACAGUUAUAAUGUUAGCAAACUUUUAUACGAGCUUUUAACAAAAUACAUGGAUCCAGAAUGUUUUGUAUUUGAUUAUGAAGGUGGUGCUCAAUAUAUUACAGAGUUAUUAGAGUAUAAAUGGGAUCAUAUUUUCUUUACUGGUAGUGUUAAGGUUGGUAAAAUUGUUUACGCUGCUGCUGCCAAAUACCUCACCCCAGUUACAUUAGAGUUGGGUGGUAAAAAUCCAUGUAUUGUCGAUAAAGAUACCGAUAUUAAAUUUACAGCUCGUCGUUUAAUUUGGGGCAAAUGCUGGAACGCUGGUCAAACAUGUAUUGGCUUAGAUUAUCUUUUAGUUCACAAAUCAAUCCUCCAACCACUCAUUGAAGAGUUUAAAUCUGUACUUAAAGAAUUCUUUGGUGAAGAUAUCAAAAAAAGCCCAUCAUUCGCUCGUAUCAUUAGUAAAGCUGCCGCUGAACGUCUUGCUAGUUUAUUCACAAAUGGUAAAGUUGUUAUUGGUGGUGAAGCUGAUAUUGAAGAAAGAUAUAUUUCACCAACAGUCAUUGUAGACCCAGAUUUAGACUCACCAUUGAUGACUGAAGAAAUUUUUGGACCAGUUCUUCCAAUUGUAGCAUAUGAAAAUAUUGAUGAAGCCAUUGAAUUUAUUCAAAACCGUCCACAUCCACUCACUCUCUAUUGCUUCUCUCGUGACCAAUCAAUCCAAGAUAAAGUUUUAGAUGGCACCCAAUCAGGUUCAGUUAUGUUAAAUGAUUGCCUCUUACAUUUCACCAAUCCUCAAUUACCAUUUGGUGGUAUUGGUGACUCUGGUAUCGGUGCAUAUCAUGGUAAAUUAACAUUUGACACCUUUACCCAUAGAAGAGCAUUGGUUCAAUCAACUACAAAGAAGUUUUUAGAUUUACCACUUCGUUAUCCACCAUAUACUCCAAUGUCUGAUAACAUUGCUUCAAAAAUUAUUGGAUCUGGUUGGUAA